AUUUAUAGUCUUCUUCUGAUAAAAACCACACACAAAAUCUUCAAUUUUGAAGUUUGAAACAAAGAUGUGUUACAAAAAGAUUCUCCAUCUUGUUAUUCCUCCGGAGAGCUUCCACGAAAAUAUGCCGGCGGCAGAAGUAACGGUGGCAACAGAAGUGGUGGCCAACGUGGGUCACCGUGAAGAUGGCGGUGGAAAGAAGAAGUGUGUGUGUUCACCGUCGAAGCAUCCAAGAUCUUUCAAGUGUAGGUAUCAUCAUCAUGAAUAUCAAUGGAUUCCUUCUUCUUCUUCAUCCCUCCACAAAUAA